CCGCUGUCUCAGCAUCACACACCUACAUCAUCAUCAGUCCAUCACAGUGAAGAUAACUCACACAUGUUGGAUCAUUCAGUAUCACAUACAAUGCAUGGAGUUAGUUUGACGACAUUGCACACCUUCAGCCAUGACACAUUACAUGAUUUCAUGAUGCAGCACUAUACUCAGAGUCAUCACGCACAGCCCACGCACACUGUCAGUCUGAUGGUGAUGGAGAGGAACUUGUAUCCCCAAGCCCAUCAUACGUCUAAAAUGCACUUGACUGAUAGUUCACAGAGGACACACCACAUCGUUAGUAGCACCAGUUCAAUUCAUGAUCCCGUUUCAYAUAGCAUGGCAAGUCAACACCAUGAAGUAGUACACUGGGGAUCAUGGCAUAACCUGGGUCACUGUGAGCUGGUUUGUUGCGGYAUAGGAGGUCUGGUGACUCAGAUAAGGAGUUGCACUGUUAUCACACUCGACGUAUCCUCUUCGCACCCUUGUAGUCAUUAUGGGAGAACAUCCAGGCAGGUCACGUGUGAGUUUGCUUGCCCGUCGUGUAGUUCGGGGUCAAAGCYAGGUUCUUUUGGUGUGGUUAUAACAGGAAUGUGGUCUCUUAUUUGUCUGACCGCAAUAAUGCCUUGAAAACUAAGCUUACGACGUCCAGACUGAGUACUGCAGAUGUCACUAUUUUUGCCCGAACACCACAGUAUACUUUACGGUCAAUGAUGUCAUCAUAUAACGUGGAUUUCAAUCGUAUCCUAACCUUAUUGUGAUUAUUAUGAAUUUCUAAUAUCUUUCCUCUUAUCAUUAUUUAUACAUUUUAUUUGUCUUUAUAUAAGAACUUUAAUGUUAUUUUAAUAAAUAUUAGUAACAUCUUAAGUCUCAGAAGGUUGUAGCAAAUUUAAAGAUACCAUUUCUUUCUGGCAUCCAGGGGUAAUCGAUCUUUGUCAGGGGCGGAUCCAAGGGUGAGCAGUCUCAGUAUAUCGUUAUCAACAGUCACCCCCUUUUCUCGAGUUCCUGGAAAAACCUUUGUAAUA